AGUUAAAAAAAAAUUCCGGUCUACUAACACAUGAUUCAAAUAUUUACACUAAUAUUAUUAUAAACAAAAAAAAUAUACCUCCCUAGGUUUCCGCGCAGAACAAAAACUUUUUGACAGUCAUCGUUUCGUUUGGAUAAAUCACAAAAGAAAAACUUCUACGAAAUUUACAAGGGUAGUUAAGUAAUUAGCAAGUUAUCCAUUGACCUUGCCUUCUAUAUAAAAUGGAGCAAACCGUGAAACAAUAGAGAGUUAAACCAAUAUCAUCCUUCCUUCCCAAAUGGCGACGAGCAAAUGCUACUACCCACGGCCAAGCCACCGAUUCUUCUCCACCGACCACCAACACGUCUCUUCCCCUUCCGACUUCGAGCUCGACGAGUGGGACCUCUUCAACACCGGUUCAGAUUCUGCUUCCGGUUUCACCUUCAGUGACCUUACGAUCACCUCCGAUCGAACCGGAGCUAACCGGAAGCCUCGCGGUGGUUCAGCUGCGUCUUCUCUCCCGGUCAACGUGCCGGACUGGUCCAAGAUCCUCGGGGAAGAGAGUCCACGGAGGCAGACUUCGUACGACGGUGACGAAGUUGCUGCAUGCGGUGGAGAGACACGGCGGGUGCCGCCGCAUGAGUUGAUUGCGAGCCGGAGGAUGGCUUCGUUUUCGGUUCACGAAGGUGCUGGGAGGACGUUGAAAGGGAGAGAUCUGAGUAGGGUGCGAAAUACUAUUUUCAAAAUUAGAGGGAUCGAAGAUUAAACUGUUUUAAAUAUUGGGGGUUACAAAUUGAAGAAAUUGUAAGGAGUGGAGUUUUUUUAAAUUGUUUUUUUUUUACCUUCGCUUGUUUUACUGUUGCGGCUAAGAAUCUCGACAAGUAGUGAUUAUUAUAAAGAGACUGUUAAUUUAAGAUUGUAUUGAAGUUUUGGGACACCAAA